AUGCUACGAGCCUGGUACGCAACAUACAUCUCGAAGACAUCGAAUAUACCUUCCAAAUUCGAAAAGACUACGCCGAUUUUCGGUCAACAAUUCAGGCAAUAGCGACCAUGCUCUCUCAGGGCGUAGGCGAGAAAGUUACCAAGAUAUGCAUCGAGCUUGUCCUCUAUUUCAACGGUCUUGAUGAUUUCCUGUCGUAUGAACCCUACGAGGGCCCCGCUCCCCCCCUUGACCUCGCCUCUGUACGUUCCGGACUGCAAAAUGUGACCGCGGUGGAGCUGGUCAUCCAGAUGGUUCUGGACCGGAGUCCCACGCCUGUCACCGACGCAGCGACCAGAAUCAUCUCGCCGUUGUUCGCGCAUUGGGACGCCCGCGGAAUGCUCUCGGUUAUUAAUGGCGGGCGCCGUAGCGACCACGAGCAUGAAGGCAAAAUCUGAGACAGGCUGGGUGAUUGCAGCGGGAAGGAGGGGACAAAGAAGCUCAGACAGGGUGUGGUUGGGUCUACAGUGAGAGUCCUCCGGAAGUUGACGGGUUGGCCGCAUCUAAUCUUAUUACUGUAGAAUCCGAGAUGGGGCCUAGAAUUCUAUGGGUGGGCUAUGGCCACUUUGGAGUGCACGUCGUCACUUGGAGCAAGGGAGCACAAGUGUGACAUGUC